CUCACGGAGAUCAAAAUGGCGCUUCGCGGGUCGCCACUUCCCACCUCUCACUCUCUUCCUGGAGUCAAAUUGUUAUCGCGAGACUUCGGUCUCCCUAUUAGCUGGGGCACGCAGCCCGCCCAUCCUUUUCUCCAGCGCGGUAAUAGAGGGAAACAACAUCACAUUUACUGAAUUUUGGUCAGAAAUCUGUUUAAAUCAAAGGACAAUUGACAACAAAUUGGAGAGGGGCUUGGAAAACACAUACCAGGAAUGGAUUCUAUCAACUAUGCAAUGGCAUCUGACUCAGCUGUGGAAAUUGAGAAUCAAAGUGAUAACUCUUCCUCUGGUAGCAGCUUAUUUAAAACUCAGUGUGUUCCUAUCCCACCUAAAAGGAGGCAAAGAAACCCUAUUAGAAAAUUUGUUCACACACCUGAAAGUACUCAAGCAAGAGAUUCAUCUAGUGACUCAUCUAUAGAGCCAAGACCAUUGACUUUAAAAGCUAUUUUUGAAAGAUUCAAAAAAAAGAAACGUAAAAAGAGGAAAUACAAGCCAACGGGAAGAUCAAGGGGAAGACCAAAAGGAAGGAGAAACACUAGAAGCUCACAAAUAAAUAAGAAACAAUUUAAAGACAAAGGAUCUGGCUUCCCAUUUUUAGAAUCAGAAAAUGGAAGAAAACCAUUACCUUGGAGAAAAAUUUUAACCUUUGAGCAAGCAGUGGCAAGAGGAUUUUUUAACUACCUUGAAAAACUGAAGUAUGAAUACCAUCUCAAGGAAUCCUUGAAACAAAUGAAUGUUGGUGAAGAUUUAGAAAAAGAAGACUUUGAUAGUCGUAGAUACAGAUACUUGGAUGAUGAUGGAUCUAUCUCUCCUAUUGAAGAGUCAGCAGCAGAGGAGGAGAUUGCAACAAAUCUUGAACAUGAUGAAUGUGAUAUUAAAUUGGUGGAGGAUAAUUAUUUCAUAAUAAGUUCUGAAAUACCAAAGAAGAAGAAUGUAUAUUUGGAACAAGAGGAAUAUACUGAAGAAGCUGCAUUGCCUAAAAAGAGAGCAUCAAAAUCCAAAAAACACGACAGAGGACAGAAUGGCCUGAAAAUAGAUAGGAUUAUGACUACCAGACAAGGAUGUCAAAUUCAGAACCAGGCAGCUCCAUCUCCUGACCCUAAACAUGGUCCUAAAGUAAAUCACUUGAGGAAAUUGGAUCCCAAAGAUUACAGGUGGGGAAUUUUGAAGUGUGUCCAUAUUUCAUUGGAGAUCAAAGAAGCCUAACUAAAAGAAUUGUGGGCUGACUCAUAUGAUAACUUCUUUUUGAAAGGUAUGUACACAUUAAAGAAAAUAAUUUUAUAGGUCAUUUCAAAGAGGGCUGAUGGGACCACAUCCAGGAGCUCUUUACGCUGUGACCAAAGACUGAGUUCUCCACUGGAUAUAAUAGUAACUUGAUAGUGCUAUGUUUUCCAGAUGGAGAUACAAGCCACUCAUACCCAUGGUUAGUGAUGUGGGAAAGUAAUUUAAAUAUCUUCCAACUUUAACCAGUGUCUACUCUCUUCUUCAGGGCUAUUUUAUCUUGAAGAUUUAUGAGUUUGGAGGAACUAAGGUGAUUGGCAGUGGAAAGAAUCAGAACGUGUGGAAUUCCUUAAAAAUUUAUUGACUUAAAUAACUUUGUGUUACACAUAAUGAAAAAAACCCUUUACACUUUGUGUGGAAAA